AUGGAUGCCAUAGGAUUUGCCGUUACCAAGGGCCAUGAAAAUGUCGUUCAUAUUCUUUUGAAUCACGGUGUUUCAUUAGCCAGAGACAGAGGAUACAACGCUGCACUGAUUGAAAUAGCCUCAUUUUGGAGCCAGCAUUCUAUCAUGAGCCUACUGUUGAGGGAUACGGCGGAUUCCGAUACACACAUCAACAGAACGGCUGAACUAUAUGCUAUUGAAAAUGGAGAUCUCCUAACUCUGCGUCUCCUGGUAGAAGCCGGAUACCCUGUCGAGACCUUCAAAGACCUUAAACCUAUUAAUUACAGCUCUUCUCCAGUCCUUUUAGUAAUGAAAUGUGGGUGGCCACAUAAUCUAGAGUCCUUUUUCAGUGUCAGCAAUGGAAAGAUUGGUCCGUUGGAUGAAGAGCAAUUUCCCCUUGGCUCGACUGUCAGAAACGAUUUUGCGAGUGGUCAAUAUCCGCGUAGACAUGCAAAAGAACCAUAUCAGCUUUGGUAUGCACAGGGCAGACAGUGA